GGACUCAUAGACAGCAGCUUUGAGAUGGGUUUCAACAAUAACAUUGAGUUGCUUGAGAAUUCAUGUAGUAAAAACCAGAUACAGACUACAGUAACCUGCUGUUCCUGGCUGUGGUCAGCCAUUUUGGGGCGAAGCUGCACCGGCCCAGGUUCAUUGCUAUGGGCUGUUUCCUCAUGGCUGUAGGAUCCUUCCUCACAGGCCUGCCACACUUCUUCAUGGGACGGGCUAUCAGGAGAGCUACCCAAUCCCAGAGGGCCAUCGUGGCUUCAUCAGUGAUGCCAGACUUCUGCAGAUGCAGAGAGCUGAGAGAGAGACCAUGGAAGCAAAGCAAAGAAAGAUAAGUGCUAUCCAUGAGAAUUAUGUCCGGACUGCUCUCAUCGGGGUUGGCAGCACCUUCGCGCACCACUUCGUCCCCUCUAUUCAGUGCAUUCUGUGGCCGAAAGCUCCACCGAGGCCUUUGCCACGAAGGCUUGAGCACAUAGCUCUGGCCCCACUGAAGAACGUGGUGGGGGUGGAUGGAGCCCAAGUUCGACCCGGAUCUCACUCUCUGGAGUCCAUCCAGGUAAAUAAGUCAUUCAGCAGCAGUAGCGUGUGGCCUGUUCCCGUCCCUCCCACUGGAGCUCCCUCCAAGAGGGGCAAGAAGAAGAAGGGCAGGCGGGGAGUCAAAGCCCUGAAAGUCCAGUCGGAUCAGGGCUGUGCUGACAACAACGGACCCAUUGACCUGAUGGAGGAGGUGAGGGACAUCGAGCCUCACCUGAAGGAGGAGGCCUGGAAGGUGGUACAUGAGGUGAAGGCCAUGGGCAGGAGAAGUUUGGGCCCGGCCUUGUCCAUGGGGGAAAUAGCCACCAGCUCUCUGGGAAGCCUGAGCUCAGUGGAUAUGAACACCCCUGCGGAGCUCCGUGACUACUUGGAUGUUGGGACCCCGGUCAAGUUGCGUGACAGCCCACCCAGGCCUGCUCCCCCUCCUACCAAGCCCAGGAGCAAACAGCCUCGGCCUAUAAGGUUCCUUAGCCUGCCAAAGGCUGCCACCGGCUCAGACAAUAAGGCAGCCAGUGAGCCAAAGGGCCAAAUAAAGAACCAGGCCAGAUUGCAGCCCCUGUCCAACCCAGAGCAGGCCCUGACUAAGACCUUCAAGCUGCUCCACUCUCCCUCUGAUGACUGGGAGAAGAAGAUCGAGGGCUUGACCAUGUGGCUCAGAACCACAUGGACAUACUGAUGCCUAAACUCCAUGAUAUCUGCCUUGCCAUUAUAAAUGAGGUGAAGAACCUGCGCUCUGCAGUGUCUUGAGCUGACAGUGAGGUGGAGGGGACGGCACGCAUGCUGCUGCACAAAGCCAGCGAGGCUUUCACUGACCGUUUCUUGAUUGCCGUCAGUAAACUGGCUGUGGACCCUUCACAGGAAGUCAGGUUGUUUUGCCUAUUGAUGGCAGCUGUGGGCAUACAAGCACAACAGACACCUUCUAUAAAUGACCUCAACGCUGAAUGCCUUGGUAACGUUAUUCGUUUGAGUGUCGCUCCUCUUUUUGAAGAUGUUGAUGCUGUCUUCAAUGACACACAAAUCAUAAACCUGACGCCUGGCCUUGCUACUCAGUGUGGAUUCAGCUUUAAAUUUGACCCCAUGGGGAAUGCCAUGUUUUUUGCUUCUCUUCAAAACUGCUUUUCCCAAAACAUGGAUGAUAAGAUGUUCAGCUUGGUCAUGCAGUUCAGGCUGCCAGGAAACCACAUGACUGAAGACCCUGUUUAUAGAGUUGGCAAAACCUGUAGCUACACCCCCUGGACCUCCCGAGAGAUUCUGUGCGACCGCAACUACAUGG